UUUGGAAGAUAUGCCACUCAACUUUGUUGAAGCCGUCAACAGAAUUAGGACCUAUAAUGUUAUGCCAACUGAAGGUUUGAAUGUGUAUAGCAUGUUAAAACACGAAACAUUGGUGCUCACACUGGAAGCUGUUGAAUUCUUAGAAGAAAGACUCUUAUAUCAUAUGCAUAGACACACUGGCCCACUUAAAGCUGAUGCUAUUAUGUCACAGCAGUUGAAUAGAAUACCUGUAUUUAAUAGACAUUCUAACCAAUCAUAGCUAUCUUAAUUUCCCAACACUUCAGUUCAUUGGAUAGUGGUAUCUAAUGAAAUCAAGCUUCUUCCCCAGUUUGUCGAUAUGUAGUUAAUGCUGUUGAUAUAGGUAUGACCGCACCAUCUGUUCCAUGCUUUCAUUCACGAUACAAAUUAAAUUUGAGAAUCAUUCAAUCCGAAAUGGCUUCAUUUUAUGUCAGCCAGUUGGAAGAAUCCUGGAAAGUGGGACCUCACUGAUGACAGUAGUCUUGGCAGCAGUUGUUCCCAGAAGCACAUUGUACACAUUUUGUUGUAUUGAUUUCAUUGGUCAUUUUCAAUAUUGAUGAAAAAAAAGUUAGUAAAGAAACAUAAAUUAAUUGCAACUAAACUAUCAUCUCAUUUAAAUGGGAUAUAAAUAAUGAGUGCACUAUGAGACUACUGUCACAAUACAAUUAUAGUUCACAAUAGGGACAGUGUAUUUUCAUUUGGCAACAUAUUGUAGAUGCAAACAUAUUUAUUUUUUUCGUCCUCAAAAUUUUAUCAGAGUACUUGCAUUAGAUUAGUCUGAGCUCACGUCCAAAAAUACCGGUAAUAUUUUUUGUUUAUUUCAUUUAACGGAAAAUUCCAUUGACUUUUUGAAAUAGGUAACAAAAUAUCUAGAUAGUCAAUAAAUAUGAAAAUGUUUGCCAUACAAUGAAGUAAAUAUAAAUGA